CACUGCAGUUCUCCCUCGAGUUUGUGACCCCGACUAUGAAUACCACUGCAGUAGAUAAUAGAAGACUCUGAGAGAGAGGAGGAAGAGGAGGGGUCGUUGGGGUGUUUUCCAGUAAAGAAUACUUUCACUUUCAACGGUUUUCUGAAAAACAGAAGUGCGAGCGCAUUUCUUCUUCAACUCGUCUAACAGAAUAGUGGAAUACUUCACCGAGGGACGUUCGUUGAUAGUUAGAUGGAAAAUGGAGAUUGUAAUUGGUCUACUUCUUUCAUCAUUGUCUCUGUAUUGUGACUUCACCGAUGCCGAGUGCCUGGUGAUCAGUCCUGCCAGGCUGGUGGUGAAGUAUGGAGACCCAGCUUCAGCCAAAUGCACCUUCGAUCAGCCUAAGCAAUUGGGCUGGGAGGCGACCGAGGGAGGGGUGGGUCUAACAGACAUGGAGGGGACGUUCCUCAACUGGAGGGUGGACAGUGUGACUGACUGGAAUAUCAAACCAACAUGCUACACAGAAGCAGGCCAGUGUCAGAAACAGCUGGACAUCACAGUUUAUAAGCUUCCAGACAGUGUGUCCAUGACAGGCCCCUCAGGUCCGAUGGUUGAGGGGAAAGAGUACGAGUUUAAGUGUCUCAUCCAGAAGGUCGCUCCAGGUAACAGUCUCAAUGUGGCCUUCUACAAAGCCUCUGCCAUCGGUAGAAAGACAAAGACAUUGUUAUACGCACCAGAUGUACCAAGGCAGACCACCAAGGAACCUAUUAGUGGGGAAUAUCCCCUGCUGUGGUCCCCCAGUAGAGGUGAUGAUGGGGCCCAGCUCUGGUGUUCAGCCCUGUUAGGACUGGGAGAACUGGGACCCCAACCUCCUCCUGAAGUGGAAUCAGAGCCCUUCAAACUCACCGUGCACUCAUGUUCCGGUCAGGCUGCUGGAAGUGCCAUGGUGGCGGUGUUUCUCCUCCAGCUCAUUCAUUGGCUGUAAGACCACUUCCUGAACCCACUGAUUGGCUGAAUACAUGUGAUUAUUUUCCAACCCCCUCCCACUGUGGCUGUCUGUCCACUUUCUGCUAACUAUUGAUUUAUAAUUGUCAGGUAUAUGCAGGGAGUCAGGAAGCAGGUGCAGAAGGACAGUUUGAUAACGAUGAUGCUAGUUAAAUGAACAAUACAGGGGAUGAGUACUGAACAUGAAAACAAACCUCUACUGCCUGAUGACUGAAGCUACCGAGGGCUACAUGAAGGGAAGGUAGUCAAGAUGAUGAAGUCCAGGUGAUGGGACGCAGGUGUGGGU